CCUAAAGAAAAGAGUACAAUGAGAGUCUCUCGGUCUCUGCGCGAGGGAUUACCCAUGUGACUCUUUUAAUGUCAGUAAAGCCAGCUGGUCGUACACUAUCAGCUUGUAAGUCCCUGUGUGUGGGGUUGUGCCACAUCUGCGCAUGUUUUGGGUGUAUGCAAGCAUGCGUGACUUGCUUGCCACAGGACGUUUGCUGUCCCUAUCACCUGCUGCAGUAUUAGACGGAGGUUAGGAAGGCCGCCUGGAAGAUGUAAACUCAUGGGUCACCAGACAGCCCUGCACCGGGCAGCUGUUGUGGGAAACCGUGACGCCGUUUCUGCCCUCAUCCAUGGAGGAUGUGCUCUUGAUCUACAAGACAAGGAAGGAAACACGGCUUUGCAUGAAGUGUCAUGGCACGGUUUCAGUGCUUGUGUGAAACUACUGGUCAAAGCUGGAGCAGAUGUGAAUCUAAAGAACAAAGUUGGAAACUCUCCUCUACAUCUAGCGUGUCAGAACGGACAUUCUCAGACCGCUCAAGUGCUACUGCUUGGUGGAUGCAUGCCUGACAGCAAAAACAAUGCAGGUGAAACAUGUUUACACUUUGCUGCUCGCUACAAUCACUUGGCCAUAAUUAAGAUGCUCUUGGGUUCUUUCUGCUCUGUGACAGAGAAAAACCAGACAGGAGACACUGCGCUCCAUGUCGCUGCUGCCCUGAAUCACAAGAAAGCGGUCAGUCUGUUGCUGGAAGCAGGAGCUGAUGCAAAUAUCAAAAACAAUACCGGACAAACUGCUCUUGAUAAAGCUCGAGACAAUAACAACCGAGAGCUGGCUAUUCUUCUAGCUAAAUCCAAUCAGGUGCAGAGGUAUGCUCGAGGAAAGACAGUGCGAAAAAGACGAGAUGUGUCUCGGGCCCAGAGGAAAACUCAAUCCCUCCCCAGAGUCCACAAACCCAGAAAGAAGGAUGACAGUGAAGCGGCUGAAGACUCAAUCAACAGUGAUCAAGCCUUUCAGCGGAUCCAGCCUGAACACAGAGCUGCGACUCUGAGCCCUGACAACAGGAGGAAAAACACCAGUCCAGGCAGGACGCCUGUGCUGCUGAGAGAGUAUGAUCUGUAUGAGAGAGGAGUGAAGCCCAGCAGCCUCAGCUCUCCAGACCAGCAUCAAACUCCAGCGAAAGCCUUUCAGCUGUACACGCUCUACAGAGACACGGACGGACAGAUCAAGCAGGCUCCUGCAAAAGACUGUCACUGUAAACCCAUCAUUAAAGCGCUGGAGAAAAAGCUGAAAGCCACAGAGAUGGAAAUGAGGACGGAAAUACACACCAUUCAAGAGGAGAUCAACUGCAGACUCGGACGAAUAGAGCAGAAAAAUAAGCAUCAGAUUAAAGUGCUUGAGAAACUGACGCAGGAGCGAGUCUCGGCAGAGCGGAUGGAGUGUCACUAUCGCAUCAACCAGAGAGCAACACUGGAGCGCAUGGAGGGCCAAAGAAAGCAGCAGGCUGCGGCCAGCAAUGCAGUGAAGAGCUGGUGCAUGUCUAAGAUUGAGGAUCUGGAGGUGCGGAUGCCUGAGACGCAGUACUACAAGCUCCUGCGCUCUCCAUCCGCAGACUCAGAGCUGGAGGGUCUGCCGCUGCUGUCACUUGUCUCAGAAGAAAGCUCCAGUUCACUGGCCACAUACGUCAAUGUGCUGCCUACACCUGGAGCCUCUCACAAGAGCCUGGAGUUCGAGGACACGCUGGGAAAACGAUACUUGAAGAUCAAGCAGAAUGGCUCUUCAGAUGAUUAUCAUAACAUAACUGCUCAACCUAUGGUGAAGCACAAGCCUCUGUCUCGGUCGCUGGCGACUGCUGACCUCCAGUGGCAGCGUUCAGAACUACAGGAGGCUGAAAUCUCCAAGCACAGGUCAGACAAAGGUCAUGAACUCUGUGACAGCAGCACCAGCAGCAGCCGCUCCACAUCCAGCAAAACCUUCAAUGACAGCGACAGCAUUUCCAGAUCGGCUUGGAAACACAGCAAACACCUCAAAGACAGGAUUAAAGCCCACCGCGCACAAACCCAGCAGAGCACCACCGUCAACACCUUAGAAGUGUUUUCCCAGCGGCCCGCAGAGGCCACGUUUACUCAAGAGAGGGCAAACCUGCAUGCUGUGGAGGUGACGCAGCGCUUCUUCGAGACGGUGUCCACGCAGCUGGAGCGCUGGUAUGAGAGGAAGAUCCUGGAGACACAGAGAUCCGCAGAACAUAAAGCUCUGCAGGACAGAAGCAGACUGAUGGAGAAGAUCAGCUCGCUGGAGGAAGAGCUCAGGAGGCUUCGCACUGAUCACAGUACAAACACAUGAAAAACAUAAAAAGAUGUCAUGCUUUCAUCCAUUUUUAGACAACACAAUACCAACUAGUAAUGUAUUUUGGGAAAUGUUCCUUCCAGCCUAAUGCAUUUAAGCAUCUCUUUUUUAUCUCUAUUUAAUAAAAAUAAAAAACUAAUAAUAUCAAAAUUCUUAAAAUAUAUUUUACAUUUAUUUUCUUAAAUAUUUAAGUAAUAAUAGUAAUUCCCCAUAUUAGUCUGGAUAAGAGAAUUUUUAUGAAAGUACUUCUUACA